AUGGUGGCGACGACGUUGGCCUCGCCGAGUUCGGCCAGCGGGCUGCUGGCCAUGCUCAACGAGCCUCACCCGGAGCUCAAGCUGCACGCUCUCGAGAAAAUCAACUCGCUCAUCCACCUCUUCUGGCCGGAGAUCUCCACCAGCGUCCCCACCAUGUCCGUGAUUCUUCCUCCCCAUCCUGGCAUCCAUUCCCCCUCGUCCUCCUUGCUCGUUCUAGGGUUCCGUGGAAUCUCCCGACUGGCAGUCGAAACAGAUCCGGGUAGAUUUGUGAACUGUGGCUGUUUGUGGAUCUUUGACUCAAUUUAAAACUUGAAUCUUUGAGACCAGCAAACAGUCUAUGUGCUUAUCAAUCAUUUCUUUCCACAUUCCCUUCUGUUGCCCGUGCCUGUGCCCCUCAUUUUUCUAUGUAUGUUCAUUUUUCUUUAAUGUUGUUUUCUUGGCGACGAAACCUAUAACAAAUAUUUGAAGACACUGAUGUGCUCUCCCUUCGCUCUCUCUCUCUCUCUCUGUCUUUCGCGCUCUGCAGUGAAAGCCUGUAUGAGGACGAGGAGUUCGAGCAGAGGCAACUCGCUGCGUUGGUAGCGUCGAAGGUGAGAUUUUUGUUAUCUUUGACUUUAUGCUUUGUUAGCUUUGGGAUAUGCGUGAGCCUUUUUUUCCUGUAAACGUGGGGGUGAUAUUGUACGGCUUUAGUGAAACCAGCUAACUCGACCAAGAACAAAAAUGAGACCUUCUCGAAUGGUAAUCAACCUUAUAAUCAAGGACUAGCCUGGCCAUUGACAACAACAAACCCCAGGUCCCGACAUGGUGCAUCAAAUUAUUAGACCACGCUGGCUCGCCUUUUCUCAUAAUCACAUUUGCGAAAACCUGACAGAGCCAAGAAACAGCAUGUUUUCGUUGUGGGGAAUUUUUUUGGUUGACUUGAAAUUUGGUAUGUGAGCGUUCUGCAUUUAUCCAGUGCAGUCCCAGUGUGGUACUGCAUGGCACGAGCCUAACUCACCGGGAUAUCCAAUAUUAACGAUAAUUUCCAGCAGAUGCUUUUGUAUAAAGAUGAAGAAAUUUGGACCGUUAUACUGACCAUCGUUAUGCCUAAUGAUUUCUCUUUUCCACCACUGGGGGAAAUGAGUAAUAUCUCUAAUUCCUUGACUUCUCCCUCCCUCCUUUUGUCUCUUCUCAAUCUGUCUCUAUAUUAUAUCCUUCCGUCAAGUCAUUUAUUUUAUUGAGAGGAAGUUCAUGGAGGAUUGAGUGACUUUCAUCACUCAAUCCUUCAUGAACUUCCUCUCCAUAAAUAUUCAUAUUUGGGAUUGCUUAUUUUUUCGCCGGUAAAUUUGUGCCACAAGAUAUGCCUGAAGUGGUUGAUGAUCUUAGACUUUAAGAGGGCUUGCGACAGGGUGGGGCAGAAUUGCCAUCGUUAGAUUUUAUAGGAUACUAUGUCGGAUAAUCAAUGGUUGAACCACGGACCAUAUAAUGUACUCGAUGCUAAUGGCACUGGUAAACGACUGACUAACUAGUUACUCUAUACCACGAGAGGAUUGAAUCUAGCGGUCGUUUUUAUUUCUUUCCCUGUUCCACGUUCACUGUUCUCUUUGUCUUUUUGUCUCUCAUGUUUACUCUAUUCCAUGAGUGUCGUGUGGGACCAUUUAGUGAGAACAGGUCUUAAAAGGGGCUUUUAUUUACAUGCUACGGACCCUCAAAUCACUCAUAGCCUACAUAUUGACGAUAUUAUCUUCAUUUGUAAGUUAUGAUGGGGUAACUUUGUGAUAUGAGGUAGAUUGGAAACAUAUGUUUAGAGACUAGUAGGGAGAAAGGAAAGAACUAGUGGUUUAUCCGUAUUGUGCAUCUAGUCUUUCCCAUUUUAUUCUUAUUAAUAUCUUGGAUCGUGAAGUUGGUGCCAAGAAUGCCAUAGUUUAUUCGGAGGAGAUUGAGAAAUGGAGGCUUAAUUACUUUUGCAUUAAAAGCGGUCACCUUUCAUUCGUCAUUUUGUGUUUAAAAGGUGGAAAUUGAAGAAGAUAGGUUGCUGGCACAGGUGACAACGAGAUCAUUCAAGGAUAUGGGACUUCCAAUAUUGUGUGUGUCUAGCAGCAUUUUUUAUUGAUAGCGAACUCGCAAGUUGCCAAAGCAGUCGAAAAUAAGAAUUAUUAUCAUCCUUUUCUUAACAUUGUUUCGGAUUAUAGGGCAAAGUUCUUAAGCUGUAACAUAUGUAGUGUAAUUCUGUAGGAGAACAAGACUUUGAAUCCCUCGCAAGUGGAACUGAAAGGUGUUCGCUGUGGUUGGCACCUUCACUGUUUUAUGUUUGCCAUGUCGCCAUCAUAAUGGAGACCAUACUUAAUGAAAGUAAACAUUACCGUACGACCACCAAAGUAUGUGUUCUUGAAACAUGUUAUGGGGUAUUAAAAGUUUUAUACGAAACAAAAAGUAUUGUAAUGCAUAUCACGUCAAGUAGAUUAUCGAAAAUUAGCUAAGUUGUGCAUAUUUAAUGAUAAAAUGUGUUAGCUCAUCUUUAACCUCAACUACUGAAUGUGAUCAUCGAUGAGCUUAUCAACCAGGAAGUACCGAACCAUGAUUUCGAAGUUAGCCAAUACUAGCGUAUUUUUUCUUGAAGUUAUCAUUGGCUUUCUCUCUAAUUGAAACAUCACUUGAUACAGGUCUAAGGUAGUUCUGAGAACUAUUCACAUCAAUGAUACGGAUACUGUAUUUGAUGUUGAUUUUGAAAGAGGAAUGCUUUUUAACGAUGGAAAUCAAGUAUUCGAUAGAAUGAAACCUUAUUCAUAAACUUUGUGCGGGUAGGGCGUGCAAAGAGUUAAACCUAGAUUAGGGAAACCUAGAACUUUAGUUCACAGUAGAGUUGUUGGUCAACGAGGCUAUAGGAAGGAGGGUUUAUUUCCAACACUUCAUGCUAUUCUGGGGAAAAAAUGGACAGGGAUGCCUGGUUGUUGCUGUUUUUUUUUUUUUUUGGGUUGUAGAAAGUCUUAUAAUUCAUGAAUAAUCUGAUGAAUUAUAUUCUUGUUAUAUGACAAUAACGGUGGAAUAACCCUUGCCCAGACACGUAGGAACCUUAAGAAGUAAACUAGUUAAACUUUUCUUAUAAUCUGACAAUGAGGCUGUUUUUAAUCCAAAUAUGGGGCAUCGAAAUCGAAAAAUUCCUGACUAAAAGACUCGCCUAUUUACUUCAUAUUUUUAUUUAAAUAUUCAUUCUUCUGUGUUGAAUCACUUAAGGCAUAAAGGCCGCCUUUAUGCAGUUCAUAUAGUUUUUAUUAUUUUGAUUUAUUUUUAUCGUAUGUGUACUAAAAAUUUAAUGCAAUAGAUGCUGUACUGUUUAGAUCUGUUGUCUAUGCCCAAUAGAUGCCUUUCGUGUUGGGUUGUGAUUUUAUUAUGUUCGUCAGCCAUGGUUUGUUAAUGCUGAGAUAAAUUCAAUUGACGAUUGUUUAUGUCCAUACAAGAAUUGUUGAUAACUGCUCUGGUUUGUAUUUGUACGCCAUUAUGUUGUCUUCUCUUGACCUUGCUUAUAUGGGUCCUUGUUUCACCCUUUGGCAGGUAUUUUACUACCUUGGAGAACUUAAUGACUCAUUGUCUUAUGCUCUUGGUGCUGGACCAUUAUUUGAUGUUUCUGAGAUUUCUGAUUACGCCCACACUCUUCUCGGUAGGAAGGCUUUUCUCUCGCAGAUACCUUGCACCUCGUCUAGGGAAACUACUAAAUCCUGUGUUAUUUCCAUUUCAGCCAAAGCUUUAGACGAAUAUGCGAGUCUUAAGUCGAAGUAUUUAAAGUCUAAUGAAGAAGCUGUCACGAUUGAUCCAAGAUUGGAGGCCAUUGUGGAAAGAAUGCUAAAUAAGUAUGUGAUACAUUCCAUCCAAAAUGAUUGAAGUCUUUAUAUAUCAUGACCAUUGCGGACCUAUAGAAGUAUAGUGGUUGAUUCAAUUUGAAGGGAUUGAUUCUUUUUUUUUAUUCUGUAGAUGUAUUUUAGAUGAAAAGUAUCAACAAGCAAUGGGAAUGGCUGUUGAGUGUAGAAGAUUGGAUAAGCUAGAAGAAACAAUUAUGCGCAGUGAUAACGUUCACAGUGCACUUGCAUAUUGUAUUAACCUUUCCCACACCUUCGUCAAUCACAGAGAAUACCGUUCUGAGGUAUGCAUCCUUCCACUUCGUUCAGCAUUCCUUGAAUCUAAUGUCAAAUGAUUCAAAAUUGUAUGCGUUACCGACUACUACUGGGUGAUCAUCUAUAACAUAAUCUAUUUAUGGAUAUGUGGGGUAGGUUUUGAUUUGAGGAGUUUAGAGCCUCUUAAGUGAGAUGCUGGUUCUUGAAUCUGGCUUAGGGCCAGCAGUAAAUAUAGUAGCAUUUUUUUUUUAUUUGAGGAGGUUUUUUGCGCUGUUGAUGGAGUUGAUCACUUUUUGUUUCUUGAGGACAUGCGAACGUGCUUUCUAUAUUCAAAGAAAAUUUCUCUGGGGAGUGAAAGGUGAGGGUUAUGCUGUUUGGCCCACUUUCUGCUGGGGGAGGGUGAACAAAGAAAUCAAAUUGGGAGAUGUGAAAACAAUUUAUUUGGAUGUGCUUAGUUCAGCUCUCCUUUGUAGAUGGAUGUGAAGAUUUUCGAAGAACUUCUCGACUAUUUCUUUUAUUCUGUUGAAACCUUUUUCAUUGGUAUUUAAUAAAUACCCUUUCGUCUUUUCUAAAAUUUACCUGACCAUUUCCCAGUUUAGGCCCUGACUAUAUAUUACCUACAUCCUUGCAGGUUCUUCGGCUUCUUGUUAAAAUUUACCAGAGUUUGCCAUCUCCUGAUUACGUGAGCAUCUGCCAAUGUCUUAUGUUUCUAAAUGAACCUGAAGGCGUUGCUGCUAUACUUGAGAAGCUUCUCCUGUCUGGAAGCAAGGUACUUUGUGUACUUGGAUUCAUUUUCACGCACACAAUCUGAACGGCUGCUUAAUGAAUUUAAACUUUUUGUCAGGAUGAUGCUCUUCUGGCCUUCCAGAUAGCAUUCGAUCUUGUGGAGAAUGAGCAUCAAGCCUUUCUUUUAAAAGUGAGAGAUCGUCUGCCAGACUCCCGACCGCAAGCUUUGAGUGGACAGCCUGUGGAGUCAGUUGACCCUGAACACGUUGAAACAGGCUCACCAAAUGGAUAUGUUUCUACUGAUGUUAUAAUUCCUACAAGCGCCACAGUGGAUGCUCAUAUCGAUGGUCCUAAUGGUUCGAAUCCAGCAUCAGGGGUAAAGGAGCCCAAUGACUUCACAAAGCUUAAGGGAAUUUUAUCUGGAGAGACUCCAAUACAGCUAACUUUGCAAUUUCUCUAUAGCCAUAACAGGUUAGACAUUAUUUUUUAGCAUUAUCCACCUUUUUUAUUUUAGAAACUCUCCUUUUUGGGGGAGGGGUUUUUGUGAAAAGUUUUUAUGAUGAUCGGGAUACAUGAAUAGGUCGGAUCUUUUGAUUCUGAAGACAAUAAAGCAGUCGGUGGAAAUGAGAAACAGUGUUUGUCACAGUGCAACUAUUUGUGCCAAUGCAUUAAUGCACGCUGGAACAACUGUGGACACAUUUCUUAGGGAAAAUCUGGUGACGUUAAAUUUCCACUUGUUUAUACAGUUUUUCGGUUUAGAUCUUGAUCUGGUAUUCCUCUUUUUCCACCUGACUGAUUAUAGCUCUAUGAUAAUCUAGGAAUGGUUGAGUAGGGCAACUAACUGGGCUAAGUUCAGUGCCACUGCUGGGUUAGGUGUCAUUCACAGAGGUCACCUUCAGCAAGGUAGGUCUCUGAUGGCACCUUACCUGCCCCAGAGUGGUGCAGCGGCUAGCUCUAGUCCAUACUCAGAAGGUGGUGCUCUUUACGCUCUGGGCCUUAUUCAUGCGAAUCAUGGUGAAGGCAUCAAACAAUUUCUUCGUGAAAGUCUUCGGAAUACUAAUUCUGAGGUGCCUGUUUUACCCCUUUUCAGCAUAACUUCCAUUAUCCAAGAUUUUUGAUUGCUUGAGGUUAACGAAAGUGCUUUUUCCCGGCUUCAGGUCAUCCAGCAUGGUGCUUGUUUAGGUCUGGGAUUGGCAGCCCUGGGAACUGCAGAUGAGGAAAUAUAUGAAGAUGUAAAGAAUGUCCUGUAUACAGACAGUGCAGUAGCUGGUGAGGCCGCUGGUAUCUGUAUGGGAUUACUUAUGGUUGGAACGUCCAGCAAGAAGGCGAGUGAGAUGCUUGCGUAUGCACAUGAUACACAACACGAGAAAAUAAUUAGGUGAGACUGUUCUGUUGCAUGGCGCGUCUUAUUUCCUUAACACAAUCUAGACCAGUGGUGGUAAUCGGCCAUCUGUUUUAACUCUGUUUUGGGUGGUUAAUCAUUACAACAACUGGUUUUUGAAUACUGAUGCUGGCAACUAUAAGACUCCCUGGAAUUUGAGGUGGAUUGAAAUUAUUGCAGACCAAUGGCCUCAAUUUUAAUGUGCUUAAUCCUCGGACGAUAUGAAGACCUGAGAACUGAAAUGAGGCUUACGAACUGUAUUAUUCUGCAUUGCAUUGGUUUUUGGCAAAGAACAUUACAAAACUUCGUAUAUCAUGUGAUGUGCAGUUUUCUUUUUCUUUUUUUUUCAUGCAUCUCUUAGCUCAUGUCUUCACUAUUGUUUCAGGGGGUUAUCCCUCGGGAUCGCGCUGACAGUUUAUGGGAGGGAAGAGGAGGCCGACACAUUGAUUGAGCAGAUGACAAGAGAUCAAGAUCCGAUUCUUCGGUAUGGUGGGAUGUACGCAUUGGCUUUGGCCUACAGAGGGACCUCCAACAAUAAGGCUAUCCACCAAUUGCUGCAUUUUGCUGUAUCAGACGUGAGUGAUGAUGUCAGGAGGACGGCGGUUUUGGCCCUCGGAUUUGUUCUAUGCUCAGAACCCGAACAGGUUUGUAUAUUAAUCUUAUUUUGUGAGCUCCAUCGACCUUUUAUAUUGUCAUGUACAUCAUGUGGGUGACCCUAUGAUCUGGGGUGGGGGCCGUCCCCCCCCCAGUGUACAUGUUUCAUGUGUUCUCAUUCAAUUCCUUGAUCUAUUUAUUUCUUUUUGUGUGUAUGUGAAAGAGUGUUGGUUAAGAAACGUGAGAAGAUUUUCUGGUGAUUCUGGGUUUUGAUUAAGUUUUAGGAGAGUCAGUUGAGUAGUCUGUCUGAUAGCAGAAGAUAAUAUAAGUUUGAUGGUACCUGAGAGGCCCUUCUUUCUGGACAAAGUUCUUCAGAACGUGAAAGCAUCUGAAUUUUUACAGGGAAUUUGAAUUUAAAGAUAUCUAUAAACAAUACCUCUUUUUUUUUUUAUUAAUUCUUAGAUGGCUUCAAGAUUUGGUAGCCCCAUGUGCAUUGCCUAUGUAGAACAUUCACUAAUUUUAUAGGUAACAAUCUGUUUUGGGCAGUCCUCAUUCACCGAGUGUUGUCUUGAAAUUAGACCCUUGUCAUUCGUGCUUCUGCAAAAUCCAUGAUGCUACUGGAAAGACUAUAUCAGGCUUCAUUUUGGUUGUGAGGUCAUGUUCCUCGUAGAAAGAAACCCUGACUUAUUGCUCCAUGGGCUCUCUUCUGGGGACAUCAUCUGUAUGUGACAUCUUGAUAACUCUGAUCAAUCCAUCAUUGUUUGAUGAUCAUUUCAUAAACCAGGAAAUCAAUCAUCCUUGGUUGACUAGUCAUCAGGCAACAGUUGUCUGGCAGAAAAAAAAAUAAAAAAUCGGUGGUUCUAUUGCAGACCACUGCAAACUUUCUCACGGUCAUUCCUCUUGAUCAUGGAUUUACAGACUCCAAGAAUCGUGUCCCUGCUCUCGGAAUCUUACAAUCCCCACGUACGGUAUGGUGCGGCAUUAGCUGUUGGCAUUUCCUGUGCUGGUACUGGAUCCAGUGAAGCCAUAUCUCUGUUGGAGCCUCUCACAUCGGACGUCGUAGACUUUGUUCGCCAGGGAGCCCUUCUGGCUAUGGCCAUGGUCAUGAUUCAAGUCAACGAGUCCUAUGACUUCCGGGUUGGGAUGUUCAGGUAUGUUCUACUGCCGCCGUUCUGAUAUGAUAACCCGUCUCCCCCCCCUUCUCCAUCCUCGUGAUUCACCGGCAUUUCUCUGCCGGAUUCUUUACCUUGUGCCAGGCGCCAACUGGAGAAGAUAAUUCUCGAUAAACAUGAAGACACGAUGAGCAAGAUGGGUGCCAUUUUAGCUUCUGGGAUUCUCGAUGCUGGCGGGCGGAAUGUCUCGAUCAAGUUGCUCUCGAAGAACAGUCACGAUAGGAUGACCGCCAUUGUUGGGCUCGCCGUCUUCAGUCAGUUUUGGUACUGGUACCCGCUCCAAUACUUCAUCAGCCUGUCGUUCUCUCCCACUGCCUUCAUCGGGCUCAACUACGACCUCAAGGUCCCCAGUUUCGAGUUCCUGUCGAACGCCAAACCUUCUCUGUUCGAGUACCCUCGGCCCACCACACCCCCCACCUCUUUGUCCACCGUGAAGCUUCCCACUGCGGUGCUGUCCACAUCUGCCAAGGCGAAGGCGAGAGCCAAGAAAGAUGCUGAACAGAAGGCCAACACCGAAAGAGGUUCUGGCGAAGAGGCGGCUUCAGGGUCAGGGAAGAGCCAAAAAUCUUCGGAAAAGCCCGCCGAUGCCAUGCAGGUGACAGCCUCUCUUCACUCUUUCUGCUGCUUCCUAGUCACUCAAGAAAUGGCUUUCAUACCACCUCUUUCCUUCUUCAGGAGAGAGGAAUCAUGGAGUGGGGCGCUUCUCUCUCCUUUACCCAUAUUUUUCUCACGCUUUUAUUGAUAUACUUGCAGGUGGAGCCUACGUCAGAGAGGAAGCCAGAGAGCGAGCCAUCUUCUGCUACACUGGUGAAUCCUUCCCGGGUCCUCCCUGCCCAGGAGAAGCAUAUAAAGCUCCUAGAAGGGAGCAGAUACGUCCCCGUGAAGCAGAAGUACACCAGCAGACCUAUUCUCUCAGGAUUCGUCCUCCUGAGGGAUCUACAGCCCUCUGAAGCGGAGGUGCUUGCGCUCACUGACGCACCAUCGACCGUGACAUCCACCACCGGCGGUGGGUCUGCAGUGGCGCAGCAAGGAUCGACGUCCUCGGCGGCAAUGGCUGUCGACGACGAGCCCCAGCCGCCGCAGCCGUUUGAGUACUCAUCAUGA